UUAUAGAUUACCGGGUUGUGCACAAGGCUGAAAAAAUCUUGCUGAAGACGUAUUCUAGAGUUGUUUUGAAGAAAAAUAAGGCAUUUGAAACGGUUAUAUUCAGCCAAAGUUCUCAUCUUAAGUAUUAAUAUAUAUUAUAUGAACCGAUUUUAAAUUAAUUUGUACAUUUAACUUGGUCUAAACGAGUGAAUUGCAGAACAAUUUAACCUGAAAACGAAGGACAAAAAGGAUUCUUAUACUAAACUGGGAAAAUGGAAGGAAAUAUCAAAAAGUAUUUCACGUUGGUCUAAAUGAAGAUCAAUCAGAAAUAUAGAUCUUAGAAUUCAAAAUAGUGUGCUAAAACAAUAUAUAGACUGCUGUUUUACUAAGUUUACAAUGGGAGGCUAAACGAACAUGGAAACUGAAACACAGCCAAUAGAAAAUGCUCAUGAACUUGUAAAUAACGACGAAGAGGAAGGUAUGGCCCCGCAAGAUUCAGAAGGCGCUGUAAGUGAUGGUGAAAUGGGUCAUAUUGAACAAAAAGAAAACAAGGACCCUUUACAGAUGAAUUCUAAAUUUGAAGAGUCGGAUACAGGCUCAGUGAAAACAGAUAAGAGGGUCGAACAAAUCUCUGCUGAUGAGGGUGCUGUUGAUGCCGAAGAUGGAGAAAUUCUUGAAGAUGGCGAAAUUGCCAGUGAUCAGGAUGGUGAAAUAAACGAAGAAGAAGAAGAAGAAGAAGGAGAAGAAAAACCUAGCCCAAACAAGUCUAGUCCAACAAAACAACGAAGUAGCGGACAUCGUGAGGAUCACAAAAGACGUGGGCACGAGAAACGCGAUAGACACUCAAAACGUAGACGAACCUCCAAAGAAGAAUCACAUAAAGAAAAACAGAAAAAGAAACGCCAUAAAGACUAUGAUUAUGAUAAAUCGGGCGAAGAUUAUGACAGUUCUUGGUCCGAUACGAGACGCGAGAAGAAUGAUAGAAAGCAUGAUAGUCCCUCUCAUGACAGUCACGGUGAAGAGAGGUAUUCUGGGAAGCAUGAUAAGGACGGGGAUAAGAGGCGAAGAGGUUCAGGUGAAAAUCGGCACCAUAGUGGACGUGAAAGAGGUAGGGAUCGUGAUAAAAAUAGCGCAGACAAAGAGAAGACCAGGGAUAGGUCGAGAGAUCAUCAUGACAGGGAAAGGGGAGAUAAAUCUAAUAAAAAAGAACGUCGUGAACGUGACAGAGGAAGUAAGGGUCGUAACUAUACAGACGGCUACGAGAGUAGUCCGCCGGGAAUUUACGACAGUCCCUCCGAUGAUGAAUAUGAUGCGAGCAGGUAUGCUGAAAAGAAGCCAAAGUUUGGGUUGGAAGAGGACUAUAUGGACAUGGAUAUGGAGCAAACGAUGCCAAAGGGGAAGAGAAAGCAACAGCAACAACAACAACAGCAGAAAAAAUUUGAUCGCCGACGGCAACGCAAUGAUCGAGGUGAAGAAUUUGAGGAAGAAGGUCCGGUCAAAAAGAAACCCCUUCUACAAACUCCUAUGGAGGAAAGGCCUGUGUGCCGAUUCUUUAAAGAAGGCAAAUGCCAGAAAGGUCCAGACUGCCCAUUCAACCAUGACUAUCAACCACAGAAGAGACUUGAGCUGUGUAAAUAUCAUUUACAGUCUUUCUGCAGGAAAGAUGGAUGCGUUUUUAUGCAUGAAAAUUUUCCAUGUAAAUAUUUCCACACUGGGUCCACGUGUUACCAGGGUGACAACUGUAAAUUCUCUCAUCAACCCUUGACAGAGGAAACAGAUAUGGCCCUGCAAAAUUUACUUAAAGACAGAGAAGAUUGGGAAGAAGAUUUUGGAGAAAGGAAACAUAAAAAGAAGGGCUUGUUAGGAGAUCAACCUCAGAUGUCCGAUCAAGAAAUUCAGAAGAAGUUGGAAGACAUGAAAAGUAUACCGUCAAUAUUUGACAUUCAGACCCACAAGCCUGGGGAGAGUCCUAAUAAACCACCCCCGAAAAAGGGACAGUCGCAAAACAUGAGGCCAAAUGGAGGUUUUGAUCAAGGUAUGCCCAAUCAGAUGGGACCAGGUCCGAACAUGAGAUUUAAUGGACCGCCAAACCCAGGGGGACCACCUCGACCACCAUUUAUGGGGCCUCCUGGGCCAGGCAUGGAUGGACCGCCAAUGAACAUGCAGGGACCCCCUCCAAUGGUCAGCGGGCCGAAUAUGGGUAAUGGUCCUGGUUUAAUGGGCCCUGCACCCAUGAUGUCUGGACCUGGAAUGCCAGGUCCUGGUAUGCAGGGACCUCCAUUGGGACCUCCUAUGAGCCAGGCAGCUGCCUUGGUUGGUGCAAUCCUCAGAGCUGCUCCCAUGCUUCAGCAAUACAGGGGCCCAGGCGGACAAGGACCAAACCAGGGUCCUAACAUGCAAGGUGAUCAACGUUUUAUGGGUCCAAAUAUGAUGGGACCUGGUCCAAAUAUGAACGGACCUAACUUAAUGGUGCCACCUCCAAACAUGAGUGCACAAAUUAUGAGCCCAGGGCAGGAUGAGAUGAUGGGAGACAAUCAACAGCAAGGCAUGAUGGACAUGGGUCAAGGUCAGAAAAUGAUGAUGAACCAAGGUCAAGGGUCAAUGAUGCAAGAUGAAGAUAUGGGCCAAAAUCAAGGCAGUCAGAAUAUGGGUCAAAUGAACACAGGUGGAGGAGCCAAAAAUCGUGAUCCUCGGAAGUCCGGAGCACAAAAUGAUCCUCGGCUUAAAAGAGAGGAACCCGAGAUAACUGAUGUAGACAUGAGGCCGGUGCAAAAUGAUAACAAUGCCAAUUUAGAUCAAGAUUUCCGCCAAGAUGUUGACAUGCGUCAGGAAGACAAUGGCAGUAAUCAAGGUGACCAUACUCCAACCCAAAACUGGGAUGAAGAAAAUGCUGAUAUGAACGCUGAUGAUGACAUUGCAAUUCCGAGCCAUUUACCGCCCAAACAGCGCGAGAUGUUCCUGCGUAUUCGACAACACCAGUUAAAGAUGCAGCAGGAGAAAUCUCCCGGCGUUAAAAAACCAGAGUCGCAACAGCAAAAUACUCAAAGCUCAGUAAAAAUGGAUGAUGACAAAUGGUAUUCUAGUGACGAGGAAGAUGAUGUCAAACCAAAUAUAUCCAAUUUACUCACAUCUCUAAACCAGCCCAAAACAUCAGAAAAUGUUCCAGCUAGCUCAGCUACCUCUUCCAUCAAUGUUAUGCAAAUGAUAAAUGCUAUAAAAAGUUCAAAUUCUUCUAGUACCAUUCCACCAAAUAGACCAAAUGAUCCUAGAAGGCAGGCCUCACAGACUAAGGCAUUCCAACGAGAGCCUGCAAAUAUAGUGUCACAAGAUGGAGACUGUCCUUGGAAACUAUUCCGUGUUUUGUACAUUAAACAAAGAAUACCUGCCAAUGUGGAUUUACAGGAUACUAGAUAUAAGUCUGAUCCCCGCGUUCAGAAAAUGCUUAAAAUGCAGGAAAUGGAGAGUGGGAAAGUGAUCGAUCAUUCAAAAGCUGUUCUACCGGAGAAAAGGGAGCUUCACAAAAGUUCUAGUGAACAUAAACUUCCCAAUUUACUAGAUCCUAGAGUAUUUAAAGAAACUCAAGGGGUUCCUACGAAGGUGGAAUUAACACCUUUUGUAGACCCAAGGAUGGGAAUUAAACAAGAAAGUGAUCAAAAUUAUAAGCCGGAAAGACCGUUUGACCCUCGUUUAAAACCAGGGUUGGAUCCCCCGGCAAAGCCACUAGAUCCACGUGUUCAGAGAAUGACUUCAAAUCCGGGAUUGCCUGCUAGAGCAGUGGACCCUAGACUGGCUAGACAAGAUUCAAAUAAUACUAGUGCCAUAAACUCAGGUGUAAGACCAUUUGACCCAAGACUUGCGCGUCAAAAUAGUGUGGACUCUCAACCCGGGUCACGUGGUUCCACGCCACCCAUGGAUCCGAGAAUAUUUAAUAGACAGCCAUCAAAUGAACCAAAAAUAACAAAGUUGGAAAAUUUACCAAGUUUACCACUUGACUUAGGGUUAGGCAUGAGUCCGCCUUUAGACCCUCGUGUAGGUAAAGUGGCAGAGUCUGAAUCAGUCUCUUCAUUUAACAGACAAAUAAGUCAGCCUGGAACUGCAAGCGAAAAAGAUGCAGUACCAAAACCAAAGUUAGACUAUAGAAAUGAUCCUAGAUUUAAGCGAAAGCGUAUUUCAGAGGCCAACGCCGCAUUAGACAUUGCCGAGAAAAAACGUUUAAAUGAACAGAGGAAAUCUAGUACAGAGUACAGUUCUCCAUUAGGCGGGGACAGUUCACAAUCCGGCGAGGAGUCUGGAUAUAAUAGUUACAAUAGACCGCGUCCGGUUCAGCCAAAACCGGUGCAGUCGCAACCUCAAACUAGUGUUUCAAACAGUGAACCUUUACCGAGUGUUAGCUCAGACGUUACUACUCAUGAUAUUUUAGACUCUUUACAAAUUAUGCCGCCACCAGUGCUUGAGGAAACUCAAGGCUCAGACAAAAAUCUCAAAGACAUAUUUAAAACAAUUGAUCCCACAGCUUCCCCGUUUUGCUAGUGCUUAUUAUUAGAACUGGAUCUGAAUUAUUUAUACAAUUAUAAUGAUUUUAAAAAAAAAUCUUGAGAUGAACAACUAUUUAUUUAUCAAAAUUGACUGUAUUUAUGUAUUUUGUAAGCGAUUAGCAAUAAUUGAUUUCGAUCAAGUUUUUGAUAUACAAUAUUGGUUGUAGGUUCAUUUAUUUCAUAAAGCUCGACUCUGGAAUCAUGUAACCAGCCUCGAAUUUUAGGUAUUGUGUGUAAUGUUUAUCAUUUGGGGAAAUUUUAAUAAAUGAAAGCAAAUUUUAAUAAAUGCAGAAUCCAAAAAGUAUCGAACUGUAAAAAAAGAAAACAACUCUAAAUUUGGUACAUAUUUCGUAUUUAACUUUUAUUAGUCAUUUAAACCACUUUUUUCAGUAGAGUGUACAUGACAGAUUUACAUGUUAAAAUGUCCUGCUGUGUACAACGAUCUCAUGAAAACAAUACUGGGAUAAUGCUAUUACUCGAAUACUACUCUAAAACUUUUUUAAACAGUCAAACUACUAACACCAGUAAAAUGCUGCAUAAAAAUAACUUUUAGUUAAUGGAGAACUUAGGAAAUUCGCUUUUAGAUUUAUUUAUUUUUUUUACGUAUUGAAAAUUGUCCUUUACAAGAAAUUUGUGCCAAAAAUAAUGAAAAGUUAGAAAACUAAUUUUUUUGGGCAAUUUUCUUGUUUUAUUUCAUUGGUUGUAAAUGUGAAAUACUCAAUGAACUAGCUGUUGUUUACUAAUUAACACUAAUAAUCUUUGUAGAUCAAAGUUAGAUAUGCAUUUAGAUUGAAUAUGAAACAUUUUGUCUUUCAUUUGUUUAUCAGGCUUUACACUGAGGUGUGACAACAGUAUGUUAUUAACAUAAUGUAUAUGUGUUGUAUGCAUGUUAUAUGUAUGUUACGUUUGUGUGUGUGUACUUGGGUGUGUAUUCCGGACAAUUAAAUUGUUAUACGGAAGAUAAAAACAGCGUCAAUUAAGUUUGUGUACUGAUUUUGGUAUAUUCAAAAUAAUGGUUUGUAUUACGUUUGAUGGACUCAUUAAAAUUUUUAUAUAUGCCCAGAGAUUUAUUUCUUAUUGAUUUAUUUAAUCCUUCGAUCGUGAAUGAAAAAUGCAAUGAAAUCUUAUGUAGACACAAUUUUAGUACGAAAAAAAAAAAAUUUUUUUUUAUGUGGCUAAAGUUAACUGAAUAUUUGAUCAAUUUUGGUACAAGUGAAUAUUUUAUCAAUUUUGGUAUGAGUGUAAUAAAAAGUUUGAAGCAAAAAAAAUAAUAUUGAGACUAAAAAUGAAAAAUAUAUACCUACCAAGUAGGGAAUUUUUUCACUAAAAGUAAAAAAAGGUAUACCAAAAAUUUUAACAGUGCGGGUGCAUGUCACUUUAUAUUUGUUGUGAAUGUUUUAAUACACGAGCCUGAAUGUGAUUUGUAUAAAAAGUGCUGGUAGCUUAGAUUUAUGUUAAAUGGCAAAACAAAACAGUUCUUUUUAGCCAUAUUUGAUUACAAUGGAAGAUAUAUCUAUAUAUCCAGAGUGUGUUAACUAUAUUAUGAUAUUUGAUGUAGGCAAUCAGACUUAGCAAGUGAUUGUAUUGUAACAGCUUUCAAGUUAUAUUCCCUGUUGAUAAUCUAAUGAAAUUCAUAACUUUUCUCUACAUUUUCUACUGUUUUGUUUUUGUGUGAAAUUUACAGUUUUAUUUGUAAAUUGCAAGAUACUGAAUUUAACAAUUAUGCUAAAGUAUGAAAAAUUAUUCUGGAAAGUAUUUUUUAAAGAAAUUUUAAAUACUUUUGCUGUCUGUUAAAAAUUGUUGUUAAACACAAAACAACACCAGCUGUUCUGGUCAAGACAACAAAUUAAAAUUAAGGUAGACUGUUUUAACUUUAAGAGUGCUCGUGGCUACUGAUUUUACCCAUGCGACCAGUGCAGACUGAGAUCAGUCAGUAUGUCCGUACCGUCUGAUUAUGGUCUGCACUGGUUGCUAUUCAGUGGGUACUUAUUAUGAAAAUUGUCCCUUAAAAUGAGAAAUGGUUGUGUCCCGAUUGAAAGAUGGACGAGUCCAUGUAAGAUAUUUAGUGUAGAAAAGGUUAACAUAUAUACAGUCAUACCCAUGUCACAGGUAUAGCAAAUCAUCUUAUGUAGCAUUGAACAGAAGUUUAAUUUCUAGUCAUUAGUUUUGAAUUUCAUCCAUAAAACAAUAUUUAUUCGAUUUCUCCCUUUUAACCCCUUAAGAAAUAUUGGCAAUAAUUAAAGUAAUAAGAGGUCAAUGUCACAAGAAUAGAGCCAGGUCAGCCUACUUAUCUGUCCAGACUGUAUCCUGAUUUAGUAUUCUGAUGCUGAAAUACCUGUAACUUACUAACAGACUGUGCCAUAUUGAAAUUUAGACUAGUCUUAUUUCAUUAAUUCACCAGGGUUAUGAUCGAAGGUCUUGUGGUAUUGUGUUCACUAACAUUGUUGGUCACCCGUGGAAAAAAUUCUGUGGGUAAUUGACGAUGGUCGUUUACUGAAUAGUGUAUCUUGCAGGAGUUAUUCUUUAUUUUGAGUAUGAAAGAAAAGUAUGUAGAAAAUAUGUAAUAGUAGAAUGUGUUGCAUAUAUCAAGGGUUGAUCGCAAAACUAUUGUAAGUCUUUAUUUAUAUCAAAUAAGUUACUGCAGUUUUGCAGUCAACCCUCGAUAUAUUUAACAAUGGAAAACACAUUGAUAAUCAUGAUGGUAAGGAAUCUGUUGGAAUUUUGCCAAAAAUAUAUUGUUCGUUUUUGUAGCAUUUUAUGACAUAUAGUGAUCCCACCUCUAUUAUUGUGCAUUAUCAAAACAUAUGUGCAGAUUAAAAAUGUUGAAAUUUUA